AUGAAAAUUGCAUCGUUUUUUAAAUUAAAACAAAAAAGCUUUAGGAAGGGAACAUCAAGCAGUGGCGAGAAUACACCAACCACUCCAACAACACCAAAGGGAGGAAAAAGCAAACACUUUCCAUCGGCAUCAUCAUCUUCGUCAAUAUGUAGCACCGAACUAUCGACCAGUGAAAAUUAUCCAAAUUCAGUGGUGUUUGGACAUCCACUUCCAGAGGAUAUGAAUUUAAUUCCCAAGUUUGUUUGUAGUGCAAUUAUUUAUCUGACUCAGAAUGGUUUAGAUGAGGAGGGAUUAUUUAGAGUAUCGACUAUGAAGGAUAGUUUGGAUUCUGUAAUUUCUCAACUGGAGAAUGAUGUAAAUAUGGAUAUUGAUUUUUCAAAGCAUGAUGUACAUUUACCUGCAGCCUUGAUCAAGAUUUACUUUAGAGAAUUGAGUGAUCCUUUAUUAUCAUUUGAUUGUUAUGGAAUGUUUAUUGCUGCAGAGAGAAUUCCAGAAGAGAGGGCAAGAUUGGAAACCAUCAAGAAAGUUAUUCAAUUUUUACCAAAACACUAUUUCAAUACUUUGAAAAUGUUAUGUGACUUUUUACGUUUGGUCAGUCUUAAUUCCUCUAAAAACAAAAUGACGGCAGAUAAUCUUGCAAUUGUUUUUGCUCCAAACAUUUUGAGGGAUAGAGGUGAAUUGGAUGUAAUGGAUUUGAUGAGACAUGCCAAAUGGAUUAAUCACUUGACAAAAACACUUAUUGAAUAUACAGAAUAUAUAUUUGGAAAUGGUACAUUACCAGAUGAUGAAGCUGUGGAGCAAGCUCCAAGAAAAGUUUCUGUCAGAUUUGCUAAACCUAAAUCAAUAAUACAGACACCACCAAUUCCAGCAAUUGAAAACGAUUCACAACUUAUGGAGCGAUUGGCAACUCUCAUGGAAGAUCAAGAAUCUAACGAUGAAAAAGAAAGAAUGGCAAGAAGACGUCAAACUCUGGAAAGGAGAGUUAACAUCUCAACUUCUGAACGAAAAAAGACAAUUGAAAAGAUGGUUAAAAACAUUGAUAUUGUUUCCAAUACAUCAUCAACACCUACCAAACAAAUUGAGGAAGAGGUCUCUACUCCAAAGAAAUCAUCUACACCUGUUGUUGAUUCAACUCCAAGUCCUUCAAAUACAGAGGCAACAAAGAAAGUCAAGACACCUAAAGUCAAGAAGGAUCCAAUCCUUAGAGAAAUCCAAAAAGCAGUACAACGAUAUCUCUGCUCAAACAAUAUUUUUGGUGUGAAUAUUGAGGUUAGCAUUUCGGAAAAAACUGUCAAUCUGUCACUUUCUGGAUUUAUUCUAAGUGACACUUCCUGUGAUCUUAACUCUAUUGUAGAAAGACUUCAAAGUGUUACUUACUAUGAUCCAGUUGAAUUCAUGUUUGAUGAUGUAGCAGAAAAACUUGGUAAACAACUUGGAAAGGACUUUUCUUUCAAUGUAACAUCUGAUUCCCUUCACGAUUACGAUAUCAUGUUGGAUGAAUGUUCAACUAUUAUGUUAAUAUCAUGCCUUCAUGCGAUGACUAAAUAUUUCUUUGAAACCUGCGAUGAUCCAAAAUUGGAUGAUCAAUUCUUUGUAGACUGGAUUCUAUGCAUUUUCCCAACAUUAGCUUACUACCCUUACUAUCAUAUGGUUCUUUUCUGUUUACUCAUAAGAUCUUGUUAUAAGAAAAGUGAUACAACAAAACUUGCAUUGCUUUUAAAACCAAUGGAUCAACAUCCCUUCUCUAUUGAGAAUUUGAAAAAGCAAAAUGCCUAUGAGGAUGACAAGAUUACCAACUAUGAUAGACGUGCUAUUCUCAUUAGUAAAAUGAUGGGAGGCAAAAAUCCAUUUUUCAAAGAAUACAAUCCACAAUUGGAUUUUGCAAAACAUUUCGGAUUUAUUGUAACUGAAGUGUUACUUAGGGAUGCUGUCUCUGAAAAUCCAAUAUGCCUCUUUGAAGACUUUUCCAUUCAUCAUGAUGUUGGUUCUGUUGCCAGAGUUAGAACCUUCGAUAAGAAUGAGACUGUUCUAUUUGAUGCUAUCAGAGUUCCUGACAUUGCAGUAAUUCAAUAUCUCAUAGAGGAAUGCUUGGUCGAUGUGAAUUGCGUAAAUCAAGAUGGUAUUUCACCUCUGACAUUGUCUCGUAUUUUAUAUAGUGGUAUGAUUAAGGAGGAAAUUGAUGACUAUUUGACAUUUGUUGGAGCUAAAGAAAUCAAACCUCAAAACAUUGAUUCAGUUACUCAUGACAUGUGGAGAAAGAUAUUCGAAUUUUUGGAAGUGAAAGAAAUUGCUACCUGGUGCCAAGUUUCUAAAAACUUCUACGGUAUCAAUGUUAUUGAUAAUGAAAAGUUAUGGAUGGACAUUUUUACAAGGAUUAAAACAGUUGAAACUGUGGCUUUCAAUCCAUUCCACAAAUUGCAAAAUAUUAUGCAAACAAGAGAGUGCAAACUUUCAUGGAGAUGCUUGGCAGAAUUCAAACAUCACUUCAAGAAUGAAGACAUUACCUAUUUUAUCUUUAACGAGAAGGAUAGAAAACACAAGGAUAUUUUAGACAAUAAUACAGUAUUGAUGAAUACUCCUCCAUCAUUGGACAGUGCCCACUUUAUUUCCCUGCUCUUGUUCAUUUUCAAUGAAUGCAACUUGGAUGACUCAAUGUUACAAAUGUACGAGAAAAUCAAGGCAAGCAAGAAAUCUGAAAAGAGUAUGCUCAGAUUUAUUGAGGAGCAAAUUUCACAUCACGCCCACCAGUUGACUAACUUUGUUUUUUCAAUGCAGAAUAUUGCAGUCAAGAGAGAAAUGUAUAAGGAAAAGAUUACUCAAGUUUUGUACUAUUCAGUUUUGGUAGAUAAUUAUUGGUAUCUUUUUGCCUACAAUACCAAGCACAAAGUAAUUGGUGUCGUAAUUGUCGAUUCAAAUUAUGGCGAUAAUCCAUAUAAAUAA